GAGCGUGGGUGGUGGGCGUGGGUGGUGGGCGUGUCCGGAGCGUGCUGGUGCCUACGUAUGGGCGUGCCAACGGGAGCAUGGCCGUGAGCAUGAAUAGAUACGUGACGCUGAACGAGCUGGGCACGGGCACGUACGGCUCCGUGGUGCUGGGCCAGAGGAUCGACACGGGCGAGAAGGUGGCCAUCAAGAGAAUGAAGAGAAAAUUUUACUCGUGGGAUGAAGCGAUGAAUCUACGAGAGGUGAAGUCGCUGAAGAAGUUGAGCCACGCCAACGUUGUCAAACUGAAGGAGGUGAUCCGGGAGAACGACACGCUCUAUUUCGUCUUCGAGUACAUGAAAGAGAACCUAUACCAGCUCAUGAAGUCCAGAGAGAAGCACUUCAGCGAGACGGCCGUGAAGACCAUCGUGUGUCAGGUGCUGCAGGGUCUCGCCUUCAUGCACAGACACGGCUACUUCCACCGCGACAUGAAGCCUGAGAACCUCCUUUGUAUGGGGCCGGAGCUCGUCAAGAUCGCCGACUUCGGGCUGGCGAGGGAGAUCAGAUCGCGGCCUCCCUACACCGACUAUGUCUCCACCAGAUGGUAUCGGGCACCCGAGGUGUUACUACGAUCCAAUACUUACAGUAGCCCCAUCGAUAUCUGGGCCAUGGGCGCUAUUAUGGCGGAGAUAUACACCUUCAGGCCGCUCUUCCCAGGCUCCUCCGAGAUCGACCAGAUCUUCAAGAUUUGUUCCGUCAUCGGUACACCUGACAAGCGGGAGUGGCCGGAGGCGUACUCGCUGGCGCAGCAGAUGAACUUCAAGUUCCCGCAGUUCGCAGCGACGCCGCUGGCCACCCUCAUACCCAACGCUACCCCAGACGCCAUACACAUCAUGACGGAGAUGCUCCACUGGAACCCCGCUCGCAGACCCACCGCCCAGCAGUGUCUCAGAUUCCCAUUUUUCAAGGACUUCAAGAUGGAUGCGACCAUGAGCAACCUCUCAUACUCUAUGAAUAAAGCGCGCAUCAGCGAGUCUAUCUCACAAGACGACAGCAAAGCAGGCGGGAGUAACAGUGAACUCCUGGGAGGAGAAGCAGGUAGUGUGAGAGGAGGCGGUGGGAGGGCCAUCGGUAGGAUGCCUGCUGUCGGCAAUGAUAACAAAACGCACAAUGGAUACUUGCACCGCACUAAGAUCGGCCUUGACCUCGACCCUGGCACGAGGAGCUACGACCAGCCUUUCCCAAACCCGACCCAACCACUGCACCCUUCUGGUCGUCGUUUGGGAGGGGCUGACUCCUUGAGCAGUAUACGGACCAGAGGCAACCCAUCUAAGACCUUUAUACCCCGUGGGUUUGACGCGAGCUCUAGAAACACCGAGGAAAAUAGCUUCUUACCUAACGCCAAGCACUGGUCGUCAUUCCGCGACCCGCCUAGCAACGAAUAUGAAGAUAAUAAAACAAAUAGUUUGGGGAACUUGAGAGCCGUGAGUCGCAGCAUGCCGGGGUCGCUGGUGUCUGUGAAGGCUGGGGGCGGCAACCCCGCCAACACCGCCGUCAGGAACUCUUACCCAGCCAACUCCUCGGCCCUCACCGGCCGCUCCAACAGCGCCAACGUCCAUGGCAGGACAAAUUGGGCGGCCAAGUACCUCAAGUAACGGUCUAAGACAGACAGCUUUGAGGUUCGGAAGGAUGUUUACGAGGGAGAGAACACGUUCCGCGACGUAAACGACGUGUCAUGACACAGGACACAUGCUGUGGCACAAAACGCCUCUUAUGAGGAGGACGACACGUGCCGCGGCAAGAGUUGCUAAGAGGAAAUCAACAACACAGUAGUUGAGAGGUUACGUGUCUUAAAAAAAUAAUAAACCCAACAGAAAAGCUGAAUCGUGAUGAAGCACACCGAAACGGCUGUGGUCAGACAAGCAAAGCAAAAAAAAAUAGUUGUGUGCACGAAUGUGUAAAACAUUAGUUAACACAAAAACAACUGACGAACCGCAUGCCUGAAUGCAAAGUUGAUAAUCACGACGCACAGUCUUAAUCAAAUCAACCCAAUAUACCGUCGAAUUAGUUUUUGAAAUGAGCUGCUUGAAUGUACACAUGUGAUGAAUAAUGCCGCUAUCCAGUGCUGUGAUGUGACGGCCCUAGUCGCAUCUAUGUUCUUUUUGGAACAUGAACAAGAUUACGAUCUCAGGAUAUUCCAGCAAGGACGCUACUCAUUGUUCUUCAUUGAUGUUAUGUGGCCUCAAUACUAUCUCAAGCUUCUGUUUACCAUUUAGAUUUGUAGAUGUGGAACUGUUCAAGUAUUUGUUUGUCAGUGAAGAAGCCUAUCAUACCUCUUAAGCAAUUUAUUUUAACAAACUUUUAUUUAAAGUUUGACAUGUGCGGACUAGAAGAACAGUCUUAAUACAUUCAUGUGUUUAAAUAGAUCAUCCUCACAUUCAUGUGUGUCUUGUUACGGUGAUAUCAUGAACAAUGUACAGUCUGGUACAGUAAUGUCAUGGGCAAUGUACAGUCUGGUACAGUAAUGUCAUGAGCAAUGUACAGUCUGGUACAGUAAUGUCAUGAACAAUGUACAGUCUGGUACAGUAAUGUCAUGGGCAAUGUACAGUCUGGUACAGUAAUGUCAUGAGCAAUGUACAGUCUGGUACAGUAAUGUCAUGAACAAUGUACAGUCUGGUACAGUAAUGUCAUGAACAAUGUACAGUCUGGUACAGUAAUGUCAUGAGCAAUGUACAGUCUGGUACAGUAAUGUCAUGAACAAUGUACAGUCUGGUACAGUAAUGUCAUGAGCAAUGUACAGUCUGGUACAGUAAUGUCAUGAGCAAUGUACAGUCUGGUACAGUAAUGUCAUGAACAAUGUACAGUCUGGUACAGUGAUGUCAUGAGCAAUGUACAGUCUGGUACAGUAAUGUCAUGAGCAUUGUAAGGUUUGGUACAGUUAUGUCAUAAGUGUUGUACAAUCUGGUACUCUAAUAUUUAUAUGGUACAGUCAUUUACUGUGAUAUCAUGCACAUUGUACGGGCUUGUGUAGUAACAUCAUUCGCGGUGUACAAUUUGCACAGGUUGAGGACAGGUUGGGGAACAUAUCCAGCCCAUCCUCCUGUUUUGGUUAGUACUUAUAGUAACGAUGAGGACCAUAGUACAU